AGAUAGGCACAGAGCUUCCCCGCAGCCUGUGUGAGUCUGUCUCUCUAAACCGUUGACCUUACAAAUGAGGCACGCUGCAUCAUUGUGCGAAUUGGUGUUUCUGGGCGGUGCAAAGUGGAGUGGAGCACAUCAGAGUGCAGGAUAUCUUAGCAGAGCAGAGCACAGAGAGGCAGGCACAUCCGCCGCCGUUGCUGCUGCAGGGAUCAAAUCUGUACCAUCUGACGCUCAAGGAUUUAUGGGUUUAGUCAAAAUUGCUUUUCCCACUGUGGAGAUUAAGCACCGUAGGAUGUUUUCCACUCAGGCCGUAGAAUAGUGCAGCUGCUGUUGCUAUUGCUGCUUGUUUUUCUUCUCUCUUAUCGGCUCCGAAGCUGGAGAGGGGAAUGUCUCAGGAUGGCAGAGUGAUCCAAACCCUGCAGGGGAGACGAUUCUGACUGACAGAAGAGGUCCGUCCUCUGGGGAAUGUGAACCAUGCAGGUGGAUACUGUACUUGUGCUCUUCUGCAUUUGGCUCACGGGUGCAGCUGGGAAGAUGGUCCAGUCAAGGGGUCACAAGCUGGAGACCUACAAACAGAGCAGGUCGCGGAGAGAAACCAAAAUGGAUGGUGGUGGAGGUCACAAACCUGGAGGCCCAAUCUACAAACGUAGUCCGGACAUGACGAAAUCUCCUAUGACAAAAUCUGAGCAACUCCUGAGAAUAGACGACCACGAUUUCACCAUGAGGCCAGCAUUUGGAGGUCCUCCCAUUCCUGUGGGAGUAGAUGUUCAGGUCGAAAGUCUGGACACUAUCUCUGAGGUGGAUAUGGACUUCACCAUGACACUGUACCUGCGUCACUACUGGAAGGACGAGAGGCUGUCAUUUCCGAGCACCAACAACCAGAGCAUGACUUUCGACAGUCGCCUGGUGAAGAAGAUUUGGGUCCCCGACAUGUUCUUUGUCCACUCUAAGCGCUCUUUUAUCCAUGACACCACGACUGAUAACGUCAUGCUGAGGGUGUACCCCGACGGCAACGUCCUCUACAGUCUCAGAGUUACCGUUACUGCCAUGUGCAACAUGGACCUCAGCCGCUUUCCCCUGGACACCCAAACCUGCUCGCUGGAGAUUGAGAGCUAUGCAUACACAGAUGACGACCUGAUGUUGUACUGGAAGAAAGGCAAUGAAUCCCUCAACACCGACGACAGAAUAUCUCUGUCCCAGUUCCUCAUCCAGAAAUUUCACACCACCACCAAGCUGGCUUUCUAUAGCAGCACAGGCUGGUACAACCGUUUGUACAUCCACUUCACCCUUCGGCGCCACAUCUUCUUCUUCCUGCUGCAGACUUACUUCCCUGCUACUCUGAUGGUCAUGCUGUCCUGGGUGUCCUUCUGGAUAGACCGCAGAGCCGUCCCUGCCAGGGUGCCCCUAGGCAUCACCACAGUGCUGACGAUGUCAACAAUCAUCACCGGGGUGAACGCCUCCAUGCCCCGGGUAUCCUACAUCAAAGCAGUAGACAUUUACCUCUGGGUCAGUUUUGUAUUUGUCUUCCUGUCUGUGAUAGAGUAUGCGGCAGUCAACUACCUCUCCACAGUGCAGGAGAGGAAGGAGAGGAAACUGAGGGAGAGACUGCCAUGUACUUGUGGCAUUGGAAACCCAGACGAGAUGAUGAUAGACCCCCAGAUCACUGGCUACGGGUCACUGGAUAUGAACACAACAGGGAAUUAUGGGAUGCCAGAGAAUGGCGGGCGCCAGGAGCCGAGAAUGUUGGCCCAAGUGGCACUCACUGACCCGCAGAUCACGGGCCAGGUGAAACCAACAAGAGGCUACGUGAACAUUUGGAUAGACACCCACGCCAUAGACAAGUACUCAAGGGUUAUGUUUCCUGGAGCCUACAUCCUCUUUAACAUCAUCUACUGGUCCAUCUACUUGUAACGCAAGAGAGACGUCCAUGAUAAGACUUUUAAGAGCUUGGUUUGAUUGUGCUUGAUGCUUUUCAGACAGAUUGCUCAUACAAUGCAUGGGGACCACUAACAGAUUGGGUACCAUUGCCUUCUUGACCCAGCCACUUAAAACUGAAGAAUUUAGAGAUGAGCUAUGAACAGGAUUUUCGCUUAUUUUGUCACACUCGGACCUGUGUUUCAUACUGGAAUAAUGGUGCUGUGGAUGCACAUUUGGAUGUCGACUGCUUAGAAGAACUGUACAGAUGGAUGCACAAACACAGACCUUUGUAUUUUUGCAGUUGAAGCAUCAUUUCAGGUUUUGUUGAACUAAAAUGGGAUUUCUUACAUUGCAUGUUCCUGGAUUGUUUCCCUUCUUGACAAUCAGAGACAAACUGAGAGUAUUUCAUUGAAUAGUUCAGCUUAUUAGUUUUCUUGUGGAAUUUUAUAUGAUAAGAUUGAUAUAAUUGUCAUGUCAGUAUUUGAAGGUACAGACAGCUGAUUAGCUUAAAUACUGUAAAAAGUGGGAAACAGCUAGCCUGGCUCUGUCUUGAGGUAGAAAAUCAAUCAGCCAGCAUUUAUAAAACUUAACCUCAGACAAUGUUUGCUAGCCAUUUCUCCUUUUCUCCAGUAUUUUAUGCUAAGCUAGGCUAAUCACCCCAUAACUGCGGCUUCAUAUUUAGCUGACUUUAUGAAAGUGAAAGUGUUACCUUGUUAGGAAAUCACUUAAAAGUGAGUUCCCUGAAACCUGGUACUAAUUCUUCAAACACUUGACUGUUUUUAUUAUUGAAGUAUGCUUUUGCUUUUGCAACACGUUCUAUGAUUCAGUGGGUUUCAUUUUAUUGUGGUUUUGUAGCAUUUAAUUCAAUGUGCUGUCAAACUACUGUGAUUUGAAAGGUUGGAUUUAUUUGAAGCAAAUUAACGCAGUCCAUUAAAAUAUCAAAAAAUGUUAAAACAUGUUUUGGAAAUCUGACACACAAAUGAUGGUGUUACUUUUCCAAAUGUCCUAAUUUCUUCUCUUUUUUAAACACAAAUGAAGCUCAUGUCCUCUGUUUGGUGUCGUGAGGCUUUGAGGUUCUGACCUGUUAGUUGCUAGUUUUGUCUUUUUCAACUUAAAACAACUUUAUACUUUGUAAGAUAAAGAUAUGUUCAAAAAAAAAUAUCUUGUUGGUCUAUGACAUUAUGAAGACCAAACGAAAAAGAUAUUAAACUCUGGAAAAUGUUACAUUUAUUUUUGCCUUUUUUUUUUUUUCUGGAAAUACGAAAGUCAUUUUUACAGAGCGUAGGUGCUGAGCGAAACAGACACAUUAAUGUACAUCAUCUCUUUUAUGCAAUAAACAUUGCUUUUACAAAUGG